AGUCCACGCAUAUACCCGCAGAAGUAUACACUGCUGUACCUUGCAACAAACAAAUAAACGUGCGGCAGUUCCAUAUCUUUCCUAUUUCUGAUUGACCUCUAUCACAAGCUUAUCGGUUUUGUACAGAUUUCCAAUGGUCACUUGUCUUCUUAAAACAUCGAGGGAUUCCAAUCCCCUUUUGUAACAAUCGUCGAUUUUCGCUGGAUCUUGCAGCGAUUUAUUUUGUUGAAAUUCGUAUCGAAUUUUCCGCAAUGCGUAUUCUCUGGAAAAUAUGAAUUAAAGGGUGUACUUAUUUGUAAUAAAUAAAACCGAUGAUAUGAUUUCGUUCUAGAAAGGAAUGUUGCAAGAUGUUACAUAGUGUAAAUAAGUAUUAAUUACAUACUGCAUUGUAGAUUGAACAUGACUUUUAGGUUAGAACAAGUAAAACCAUUUAGUUCAACCAAGAACGCGAAAGACAGAUAUAAACGAAAAUUAUAAUAAAGCGAGAAAUAGACUUAAUUAUUGUUUGAUAUACCUGUAGUUAUAACUGCACCACUUCUUACUUUCUUUUAUUAGAUUCCGAUAAAGCUCUAAAAUUGCUGUGCGACUACACGCCAUGUUUUCAUCUAGGUUGGCACUACUUGCGUUGUUCUUUGGUCGAUUUUUGAGUACAAUCGCGUCGACUGCUGUUUUUUGCUCAGCCUUUGCGAUCACACCGGUAGAGAGAAUAUUUGUUAUGUUUCUGUUAGAAAAUAUAAUGUGCUGAUGACAGUGAUUUAAACAACCGUAUUUUUGUUUGCAUAACAAAUUGUCAAUAUGGGAAUACGAGUGUAUCGUAUUCUGCUAGCUGCAGAAAAAUAUAAGAGGAAAAUAAUCUGUAGAACGUAUUCCACAGCCCCUGAAGCGAACAAGUCUUUGGGAUCCAUAGAACUGCUGGGACAAAAAUAUCCAACAGACGACUGGACUAAUAUAACUCCAAAAAUCAUUUCCAAAUUGGGCAAGAACUUGCAUGUGACCAAGAAUCAUCCUCUCUCACAUGUCAGACAGUGCAUCGUCAACCACUUUUACAGAACUUACAGCAAUCGUGUAGGAAACCCUUUAUUCAGUGUCUAUGACAAUUUGAGACCAAUCGUCACCACUGCUCAAAAUUUUGAUUCGUUACUGGUGCCUCCAGAUCAUCCCAGUAGAAAAAAGAGCGACUGCUAUUUUGUAAAUCAGGAAACUUUGCUAAGAGCUCACACCACUGCUCACCAAGCUGAACUGAUUGCAAUGGGCCUGGAUAACUUUCUAGUUAUUGGUGAUGUUUAUCGAAGAGACGAAAUUGACUCCACGCAUUACCCAGUUUUCCACCAAGUUGAUGGUGUGAGACUAUGCACCACAGAAGAAGUCUUUCAAAAUGUUAAGGAUUCUAACAAGUUGAGUAUUUUUGAGCACAGAGGUGUUGAAAGUGCUGAUAAGCAAGCAUGCCAUUCCUUGGAGUCGGUUAAAAUUAUGGAACAUGAUUUGAAGCAGGCACUUGUUGGUUUGGCCCAAUCACUAUUUGGCAAAGAUAUCAAGUACCGAUGGGUAGAUCAGUACUUUCCCUUUACUCAUCCAUCUUGGGAACUAGAAGUUUUUUUCAAUAACAAUUGGCUAGAGGUACUUGGCUGUGGAAUAAUUCGUCAAGAAAUUUUACAGAAGGCCGGUACUGUGGAUAGGAUUGGAUGGGCUUUUGGUCUAGGUCUUGAGAGGCUUGCCAUGUGUUUGUAUUCUAUUCCUGACAUAAGACUAUUUUGGAGCACUGAUCCUGGUUUCUUAAAUCAAUUCAUUACUGACGAUGUCAAUAAAGCAAUUACAUACAAGCCUGUGAGUAUCUAUCCACAGUGCUACAAUGACAUCAGCUUUUGGCUACCUCAAGAUACUCCAUACUGUUCAAAUGACUUUUAUGAUCUUGUUAGAGAAAUUGGAGGAGACAUGGUUGAGCAAAUCAUGUUGAUUGAUGAAUUUGUUCACCCAAAGACAAAAAAGGCUUCCCAUUGUUACAAAAUUGUAUAUAGACAUAUGGAGAAGGUUCUCAGUCAAGAAGAGGUAAAUCAAAUUCACAAGCAAAUAGAAAAAGCAGCUGCAGAACAGCUAAAUAUAGUGAUUCGGUAACUCCAUUUCACAAUUGGUAAUUCAUGAUUUUGUAAUAUAUUGUAUAAUAAUUAAAGACAUAAGAACGAAUAUAUUAUUUUUAUUUCUCCAUAAAUUAAUUACAAAUAUAUGAUACAUUAAACAAAA